AUGACUGUCGACCAGUACGCCACCCACAACGAGUUCCGCAGUGACACCUUCACGGUCCCCACCAAGUCCAUGCUCGAGGCCAGUUUGCAGGCCACUUAUGGUGACUCCGUGUACCAGGAGGACGCCACCACCCUCCUGUUGGAACAGAAAAUGUGCCAGUUGACCGGUAAGGACGCCGCCUUGUUCUGUGUAAGCGGAACGUUGUCCAACCAGAUCGGCUUAAGAGCAAACUUGUACCAACCUCCAUACAGCAUCUUGUGUGACCACCGUGCCCAUGUGUUCUUGCACGAGGCUGGAGGGUUGGCCACCUUGUCGCAGGCCAUGGUCCAUCCCGUGAUUCCUGCCAACGGCAACUACUUGACCUUGGAAGACAUCCGUGACAACGUCACUGCCGACGACGGCGACAUCCACGCAGCUCCCACCAAGAUCAUCUCGUUGGAAAACACCCUUCACGGAAUCGUGACCCCCAUCGACGAAAUCGCCAGAAUCGCCCUGUUCGCCCGGGCCAACAACAUCAUCAUGCAUUUGGACGGUGCCCGUUUGUGGAACGCCCUGGCUGCCACAGGAGUCUCCAUAAAGGAGUAUUGCUCCCACUUUGACUCGGUGUCGCUCUGUCUCUCCAAGUCCUUGGGAGCCCCCAUGGGAUCCAUCUUGGUGGGACCCGCCAAGUUCAUCGCCAAGGCCAACCACUUCAAGAAGCAGAACGGUGGUGGUAUCAGACAGGCAGGUAUCAUGGCAGCCAUGGCCAUCCAUGCCGUGGAGCACAACUUCUCCAAGCUAGCAUACUCACACGCGCUUGCCAAACAGGUUGGCGACUUUUGCAUCUCCCACGGUAUCAAGUUGGAAAGUCCAGUGGAUUCCAGCUUCGUGUUCCUUGACCUCAAGGCCAACAAGUUGGACGACGCUAGGUUGGUCCGCAUUGCCCGCGAGAAGUACAACUUGAAGCUCAUGGGAGGGAGAUUGGCGUUCCACUUCCAGCUUUCCCAACACAGCGUGGACGCGUUGAAACAGUGCCUUUUGGAGUGUUUCGAGUAUAACCAGGAACAUCCCCAUGUGCCCUCGAUGAAGAACAACAAGAAGAUGUACAACUUUGAUGCCAUGAAGGGGGCGGUUGAAGUUUAA